AUGAAAUAAACUAUCAUCAUUUUUUACGUCAUCUGCUUAAUUACACCAACAUUAGCUGUUAAAGGUAUAGAUAUAGCUGAUGCCUUUAAUAACUUUUCUUGUUUUAAGAAUGCAGGUUAUUAAUUUGCUAUUAUUCGUGGAUAUCGAAGUUAUGGAGCUAUUGACCCAAAUGGUGCCACUAAUAUGAAGAAUGCAUAAGCUGCUGGAUUAAUUACAGAUGCCUAUUUCUUUCCAUGUAAAGGAAGUAAUCCAUUAUGAUUUUAUAUUUCCUAGAAAUAUCAGCUGCAUAACAAGUUUCUGAUUUUGUUAAUGCAUUUGGAUUAGAAGAAGAAAACUCAACAAAUGGAUUAUAUGGUACUGUAUGGUUAGAUGUCGAAACUAAUCCUAGUUCUGGAUGUGGAUGGAGUAGCUCUGAUUACACAGCUAAUUGCAAUUUUUUAAAUGAAUUAGUCGCUAACUUUAAAAAUAAAGGAAAAUUGAUAGGAAUAUAUUCUAGUAAAUAUUAAUGGGAAACUAUUUUUGGAUCUUCUUCAGCUUGUGCUAAAUUUACAUCAUUACCAAUAUGGUAUGCUCAUUAUGAUAAUAAUCCUUCUUUUUCUGACUAUGCAAAAUAUUCUUUUGGUGGAUGGACUACUCCCAAUAUGAAAUAAUAUAAUGGAGAUCAAACAGUAUGUAAUGCAGAUGUAGAUUUGAAUUUUUAUUGAUUUGAAC